CAGUCUCAGCUCAGGGCUGUGAGACUUCAGAUGAUCGGUGGAGUGUCAGUGUUUCUGUUUGGACUUUUAUUCUCAAAAAACAUCAGCACCAAAAAGAAAAAGAGAAAAAAAGCAAAACAAAACAAGCCAAGCAUUGGAAUUUAUCUUUGAUCUUAAUCCGGAUGUGAAAAGUACAUGCUUUUUGAAAAGUAGCCUUUUAGAAGAGAGUGUUUGUGUCUUUGAGAGGACUCUGUGAUGUGAUUUGGGAUGAUGAUGUUGGAUUAUUUUCCGGAUUUGUCCUGCAUCAUGAUGUGUGUGUCGUGGACAAGCUGAGAGCCAGACACAGAGACAGAGACAGAGACAGAAGAGACAGAGACAGAAGUGUAAAAGUGUCCUUAAUGGAGCGCCUGGUUUCCAUUUGGCUGCAGCUGGAGCUCUGGGCCAUGGCUGUGCUCUUAACCAGAGGAGAAAUCCGGUGUUAUUGUGACUCACCGCACUGUGUGGCUACCGGUUACAUGUGCAAAUCGGAGCUUAACGCCUGCUUCACGCGUAUCUUAGAUCCCCAAAGCUCCAAAUCUCCACUCUCGCACGGCUGUUACGAGCCUGCCCUAAACGGAGGAAGCGUGUGCCGAUCCGAGGCUACCCACGAUGCCCUGCACGGCCCUGCCACGCUCGAGUGCUGUCACGAGGAUAUGUGCAAUUACAGAGGUCCACAGGAUCUCACCUACAGCCAGGGAGGAAGCCUGGAUCAUCGGAGUCGUCCUCAGGCUGAAGGAGGACGUCAGAUAAUCGCCCGUGUGCAGGAAAUCCCCUCCGCUAAGGAAGUGUGGUUCCGCGCUGCCGUCAUUGCCGUGCCCAUCGCCGGUGGCCUCGUGCUCGUCCUCCUCAUCACGCUGGCUCUGCGGAUGCUGCGCAGUGAGAACCAGCGCCUGAGGCAGCAGCGACGCGAGAUGCUCUCUCGCCUCCACUACGGCUUCCACGGGCAGCAUCUGGCCAAAAGCCGCAGCACCAAACUCGACCUGGAGUGCAUGAUGCCUCUGGGAGGACAUGAGAGCUGCUGUCUGACCUGCGAUAAGAUCAGACAGUCCGAUCUGAGCAGCCAGAGACUCUUAUCGCUGGUCCACUGGGGACGGCACGGCCCAAGAGGCAAGCUGGAGUUGGUCUGAACGCCUUUAGGAGGAAAAAUGGGGAAAAAAAAACAAACUUGAAAGCAUCAUCCAUCUGGUUGCUGCUGUAGAAGCACUUUACUUGAAUCUGGCACAAGAGCACUGUGCUCAAGACGGACUUUUAAAAACUGGACCUCUCUAAUAACUGAAGGAUUUAAAAAAAAAAACAAAAAAAAGCCAAGACGUGUUAUAGAUUUGCACUUUUGUAUAAAGAAGCGUUUGAGAUAAAAAUGGACUGUUCAUGCUUCCUGAGUGUACAGAUUUGUUCGUGUAAAUAUUACAUGACACAGAAUCAG